AUGGCUACCCUACCAAUCCAUACCUUACACACAACCCAUCCAGUCAAGCAAGCGGCUUGGAGACCUGGGUAUGAGACUGAAAUAGCUGUGGUUCACCUAACUCCUGGAAUAUCCUCAAAAGCUGGCGUACUGGGUAGCACGACUUCGCUUGUUGGAAUCGACAUGAGCCUACAGAUUCAUGCACAUGGCGCUAAAACUCCGAUGCUUUCUUCAUCUCCUGCGUCCCAUUUUAUCGCCAAGGGACCUUCCCAUCGUCAACGAGCCUUGUCUCUCGGAAACACUCAUAACCUCGGCUUCUAUGAUAAUCUCCUGCAACUCGGCACGGUUGGACACAGCUCGCAGCCCACGGCAUACGACGGCGACGCCGAUCGAAUCGAAAUCUGGGACGUACGUCGCAACUGGGUUGCAAAGUAUGUGCUUGGAGACUCGGUAGCCGACGGACCGUUACAGAACUCGUUUGGCCCAACGGGGUUCGAGGUCUGCCGCACCCGGAUCUACAUUAUGGGUCGCGUACACCAGUGGAACGUUUUCCCAACACGAUAUGCGCAACGUCUUCCGGCCGCUUGA